CUCAAAAACAUAACCUCAGAAACUUCGUAAUUUUUGUAAACAAAGUGAUUCACCAUGUCUGGUGAAGAGAAAACACCCGCUGCAGCCGCGUCGCCGCAGUGUCAGUUCUUCGUACAGCGCAAGAAGCGGAUGUGCCGCAUGACCGUGAAGCCAGGGCGCCAGUACUGCGGCGAACACCAGCCGAACGCUGAAGCUGACCAGACGGACAAGAGAAUACCCUGUCCAAAUGAUCCUAAGCACACCUGCUACGCCAGUAAGCUGGUGAAGCACUUGGCGAUCUGUAACGCGCGGCGCACGGAGCAACCACCCUACAUUGUGCACAACAUCAAUGCUCCGGAAGCAGUAGACACCUGCCCCAGGCUGCCCCUCAGUUCAUACCCUAAGGAUGCACUUGCUAAUGUCAUUGAUAAAGUCAACCAUUUGUAUGGUAAGCAUGUGGAAGGCCACAUCACCGCGCAACCCCCUCAGCCGAUCCACCGCGCAGUGCUACCAGAGUUCAGCGAGGAGGACCGUGCGGAGAGCUCCCGACGGCACCUGCGGCAGGUGUCCUCGCUGCUGUGGACCGCCGAGCACGCCGGCCUGCCAACGUCGCGGGCUUGCUAUGUGGAGCUAGGAGCCGGCAAGGGCCAGCUGUGCUACUACGCAGCACACGCAUGGUGUGCAAACACCGGUAGCCGAGUACUUGCCGUGGACCGCGCCCCGCUGCGGCACAAGCGGGACAACAAACUUCGUUCUGCUCCUCCCACACAUACAUCUCCGAGUGAUAAUGCUACGGAAAGUAGAGUCAGUAAUCUUGAUCUCCAAGAUCAGAAAGGCAAUAUCGGUCAUGCAAAUGAAAACAACCAUGAAAUUGACAGCAUGGAUGCUAAUGAUUUAAGUGGUGCACCCAACAAGAUAUUGAAUAGUGACAAUAUAUCAAGUAUAGUAUCUACUGAACAUUCAGCUAAGUCAAAAGACAACGGUAAUAGUGAAACAAUUAAUAAAAUAUUUAAUAGUGAAAAAAUAUCAACAAGUGAAAAUUCUAAUGUAAUAGGUAACUCAAAAGAUGGGGAGGAUGGAGUACCACCUACAGAAUCUAAUGAUCAUAUAACAGCUAACUCAAAAGACAAGAAUGGGGAGACAGAUAAAAAUAAGGAGAGUGAAGUGGGUGUGCGGAUCCGCGCGGAUUUGGCUCAUUUGGCUUUGGAGGCGGUGCCUGUUGUUAUGGAUUGUGAGGCCGUUGUGGGGUUGGCGAAGCAUCUUUGUGGGGUUGCCACGGAUUAUGCACUGCGCUGCAUAGCGGCUCCGGGCGUGGCCGCCAAGACCAGAGGUGUCGUGCUGGCGACGUGUUGUCAUCACCGCAUCGAGCAAGCGCUUUAUGUAGCCAAUGAACCACUAAAGGAACUAGGCAUAAACGCCGAAGAAUUCAACAUAAUGCUCGGCAUCGUAUCAUGGGCGACCUGCGGCGACGGCCGCAGCCGCGAGCGCCGUCUCCUAGACCCUCCUCAGGAGGCACAGGAGGCACAGGAGGCGGGGAGGAGGCAGGAGGAGCGCGAGGAGACAGGGAGACGGGCCAAGGCGCUGUUGGACUGGGGACGUGUGCUGUGGCUGCGGGCGAGGGGGUUCGAUGCCAGGCUGAGUUACUACGUGCCGAGGGACGUGUCGCUUGAAAAUGUCGCUAUUGUUGCCAUCAGACGGUGACCCGAGUUGUAACUAAACAUAGGAACAGUCAGCGGUAACAGUGGCUAAGGAGCCGUGGUCAACAUUAAGUUGUGUUCUGAUCGUUUUCCACAUCUCGCCCGCUUUAAUUACUACUUUUACUGUACUCAGAAUUAGAUUAGGUAGAAUACAUAUGCGUUUGCGGACUUUUAUUAUAUGAGAUUACCGUGUUGCGGUAUAAGUCUAAUAUUUUCAUAUUUGUGAGUUUGUUAUUGCAAUAUUAAGUUUUAAAGAAUAUUUAUUUCGUGAUCUUCUUCCCGAAAUCUGUUUUAUUUUUAUAGUUUUAACAUUAGUUAUUUGUAAUAUUAGAUAUUGUAAAAUUAGAUAAGAUAUUGUAAGGUAUCCAAAUAAAAAUUCAUUUGCAA